ACUACAACUACUGCUACUACAACAAAAACAACAACAACAAAUAAUACAAAUGACAGACACUAUAAUACAUUUAUUUCUUUUCUGUAUCUCUUUUUGUCUUUUAUUGUAUGAUUUUUCAGUUCGAUGAAUAGAAACUUUAGCGUUUGUGUCUGGAUGUGAUGUUUGCGUGUAUCAAUACAUCAUACGAAUAAAAGCACAUUGUUCACGUAUUUGCCCAUAAAUUUCAAUUUAGAAUACAUAAAACAAAGCAAAGUAUACAAGAGACCAAAAGCUCAAGCUCCAAGCAUUAAAAACGCUGAACACACAAAUUGACUGACCCAAUUUGAUAGUUCGCGCUCGCUUAACGAAAGAGAAGGAAAAAAAAACGCCGCCGCCGACAACAACAACAACAACAACAACAACAACAACAACGAACAAAAGCGAAAAACCAAACGAACACAGAAAGAAAAAAGUAACCAAAUAACAAAAUAAAAUAAAAUCGAAAGAAAGAAGAAAAAAAACGCAAGAAUUAGUAAUGCGAUGACGCCGACAUCACCAAACCCAACAAACCGACGCACAGUAGCAUAAAAAUCCAUGCAUACAUAGAUUGGCGCAUUCUAAAGUGAAAUAUAGUCAACAGCCGUGGCGUCAAUAAUACCAAAGCGUAUACACACACGCGACACACAGCCCCGAUGUUAAUCGAAUUUACAGAAGCUGUGAAUGGGUCAUAAAUAAGGCGCGUUAGCAAGAUAGAUAGAGAGAGCCAAGGAAAGACAGAUAGAAGUGUUUCAAACACGCCGCACAUCGAUUUUUGCCUAGAUUCAACGGUAUUUUCCGCAUAUUCUUCUAUACAUCGCCCAGACUGGUCGUGACUUAGACAAUCGCCCGAUUGUUGACAAUUUUUUCCGCUUUGGCUGUGAAAAUGAAAAUGCGGCGCACGUACUCAUUCAUCCAUUGCUCAAAUUAGUGAUUUUCGUGUAGGCGUUUUAAUUUCUACACCCCGUCGAUCGUGGAAAAGCGAAACGAAAUCAAAUUACUGGACACUUGAUUCCAAGAAAAUUUAUCACUACGUUCAAUGUGCACAGAAGCACACGUACACAAAAACCGAACAAACUUAGUGCUCUUUAAUCUAGUUGAUAUACAUCGUUGCUGCUGCUGCUGCUGCUGCUCAUAAUUGAUGACAUCUAUUCAGUUGAAUGCACACACCGUUGUUGAAUAAUUAAUUUAAAUGAAUGUAUAGACCAGAUGAAUAUGCGGAAAACAAUGCUUGACAUCAGUACAGCUAGCAAUUGUUCAUCUGAAGAUACCGAUUCAACACAAACACGAUCCGGCCUUGUAUCGCCAUCACCACAGCCGCCAUCAUUUCGAAACAGUAGCACAUUCGAUGAUUUGGCCACAAACAGUCUAACCAAACAUUCGAUCGCAUCGAAUGCAUCAACUCAAAUCAAUAUAAACAUAAACCAAAUUAAUAAUAAUGAUAACCAUCAUCAUCAAUUGAAUGCGCCACUCUCAUCGUUCCGUAAAUGCCAAAGUUUCAUUCAUCUAACAAAAGCUACGGAUAAAUUACAGACGUCACUCAUUGAUUGCACUGAGCAAAGUGUACGUCUUCGAAAAACUGCGUCUACUCCGAGCGCCAUUUACAUGGCGAUCAAACAGGAGCACCAUUUAUUAUUGGUGCGCAGGAUCUUCAAUCGUUGCAAGAGUGCCGGGAUCGGGGAGCCAAGCGUCUAUCAUGCGUUAGUUGUGAUAUUUCUAGAGUUUUUUGCAUGGGGGCUGCUCACCAUGCCUGUGAUAAGCGUCUUAAAUCACACAUUUCCGGAUCAUACAUUUUUAAUGAAUGGUCUAGUGAUGGGCAUCAAAGGAAUUCUAUCGUUUCUUAGUGCGCCAUUGAUAGGUGCACUAUCGGAUGUAUGGGGACGGAAGUUCUUUCUUCUGAUUACCGUAUUUUUCACAUGUGCACCGAUUCCAUUGAUGACAAUCAAUACUUGGUGGUUCUUUGCGAUGAUCUCAAUUAGUGGAGUAUUUGCGGUGACAUUUUCAGUGGUGUUUGCAUAUGUUGCCGAUGUCACUACUACUGAAGAUCGAUCAAGAGCCUAUGGCUUGGUAUCAGCCACAUUUGCUGCUAGUCUGGUCAUAUCUCCGGCACUUGGAGAGUAUUUGCGUGAAGUUUAUAGCGAUACAUUAAUUGUAGCCUUAGCCACAGCGAUUGCUGUUUUAGAUGUAUUUUUCAUAUUAGUAGCCGUUCCCGAAAGUUUGCCCGAAAAAGUUCGACCGAGUUCAUGGGGAGCGCCGAUCAGUUGGGAACAGGCUGAUCCGUUUGCAGCAUUGCGAAAGGCUGGCUUGGAUCAUACGAUCCUAAUGCAAUGUGUUGCAGUAUUUUUAUCGUAUUUACCCGAAGCUGGUCAAUAUUCCUGUAUAUUUGUCUACUUGAAACUGAAGAUGGGUUUCAGUUCGGGCCAAGUUUCAAUAUUCAUCGCCGUGAUCGGUAUUCUAAGUAUAGUUGCCCAAUUAGUCUUAGGUUGUUUGAUGCGGGUGUUUGGAGCUAAGCGAACCAUCAUAUUAGGUUUAUUCUUUGAAAUGAUGCAAAUGUUGUGGUAUGGCUUUGGUAGUCAAACAUGGAUGAUGUGGGCAGCAGGUAUAUUAGCUUCGUUGGGAUCGAUAACGUAUCCUGCAAUCAGUGCGUUUGUAUCAAUUCAUUCAGACAUGGACACUCAAGGUGUGAUGCAAGGAAUGGUGACUGGUAUGAGAGGUUUGUGCAACGGUUUGGGUCCAGCCAUGUUCGGUGUGAUAUUUUAUAUAUUCCAUGUUGACCUAAAUGACGAACAUAUGAAAUUGCAUCAUAACAUCGACGCAUCGGCCGUUAUACGAAAUGAAACGAUAAAUCCAAUGGAGGAAUAUACGACGCUGGCGCCAGGACCGCCAUUUGUAUUCGGUGCAUUUAUGGUGGCAUUAGCUAUAGUUGUAGCGAUUUUCAUACCAAAUGAACAAAAUGACCCGAUGCGACGACCAUCCGGUGUAUCGCUAGACAUUCACUAUGAGUACGAGUACGAAGGAGGACGGAAAGUGGCUGGACCUCUAUCGCCAUUAAUGCAACAAGAUUCAGCACAGCUAUAGUCAACAACAACAACAAAUACAAAUGAUUAGCAAAUAAAUUAAUUAAUAGCUUAGAAUUGUCAUAAUCAUUUACAAAAAAAAAACCAAAACAACUGAAGAAUGGUAAUACAAACAACAAGACAUAUUCAUACAAAUUGUAGCUACAAAGCGAAUCACAUCUGCAACAUCAACAUACAUAACAAAAAGUAAACGACAACAGAUGACCGAUAUGAUUAAGAAGAAGAAAGAAACUAAUAAUGAACCACCUUGUGUUUGAACACUCUGUCUCACUACAAAAAGAAAAAAAGAAAAUUUUAAAAGAAGAAGUAGAAGAAAUUGAAAUGAACAAAAGAAAAUUAUGA